GUAGCUAAGAUAUAUGCUGCAGCACCCCUUGAUAAAGUUUGCCUGCUUGAUUGUGGAAUCUCUACUGGCUAUGGGGCUGCUGUCAACACUGCCAAGGUGGAACAUGGCUCUACUUGUGCUGUCUUUGGUUCAGGAGGAAUUGGGCUGGCGGUUAUUAUGGGCUGUAAAGUAGCAGGAGCAUCACGGAUCAUUGGCAUCGAACUUAACAAGGAUAAGUAUGCCAAAGCCAAAGAGUUUGGAGCUGGUGAGUACAUUAGCCCUCAAGACUUCAAGAAACCCAUACAGGAAGCGCUGAUUGAGAUGACCGAUGGUGGUGUGGACUUCUCAUUUGAGUUCAUUGGUAACGUUGGAGUCAUGAGAGCUGCCUUGGAAGCCUGCCACAAAGGCUGGGGCAUCAGUGUGAUAGUUGGAGAAGCUGCUGCUGGUCAGGUCUCCACACGGCCAUUCCAGCUAGUGACCGGGCGGACAUGGAAAGGGACUGCCUUUGGAGGCUGGAAGAGCACAGACAGUGUACCAAAACUGGUGACUGAAUACAUGCCCAAAAAGAUCAAGAUUGAUGAAUUUGUGAUUCACACCCUGCCUUUUGACAAAAUUAAUGAGACUUUUGAGCUGAUGCAUAGAGGAAAGAGCAUAUGAACUGUCCUCAAACUUUAG